AUGGGCGAUAAUGAGCCAGUACUCAUUUUGCUACCCACUCGCCAAUAUAAUACGCACAAAGCAUCCUUCAACGGUCUUCUGAGCGCGAUAUCAGACAUGGAGUGCUCAGUACCUACUGCGGACACUUUGUACCGACUCGCAAACGAGCUCGACAAUCGAUCGCUUCGCAGUAUUCUGCCCGAAAAAGCAAGUAUCAUCGAGAAAAAGCUGACGUCGAUCGCCCACAGCAACAGCCUUUUGCUGGCCACUCUAGCUGCGGAGAUCUUGACGUACCAAGGGACUCCAACGUUGCCGAUCAAAGCUGUCAUGAAAUUGCAACAAAGAGCUGGUGGUUCUGUCGACCUCAAUGGGUACCCUAGGCAUGCCGCCGCGACCUUCGAAAAGCGCAUCAAGGUGGAUGACUACAAUUUCUUCGAGCUAGUCCACCCCGCUUACUUCCGCCAAACUGUGGCUCUGGCGCACUUAGUGACCAAAUUUAUCAAGAAUCCUUGUGCUCGGGCCAUCGAUGUCGGUCCUGGUCCAGGCACCAAUCUUCUCGCAUUCCUAGAACUACUCCCACAGACGGAGGUUCUGGCAGUCGAACCCAGUGAUAUUGCAUUCCAAUACCUUACAGAUCAUUUCAAAGGUGAAACGAACAUUACAUGUGUACGGGAAGACUUCCUGUGUGUGCCGGUGGAAUCGGAAGAAGUCGAUUAUAUCAUGUCAACGGGGGCGUCCCACCACUUUUACACUGACGGAUUCCUUCAACGCAGUGCACAGUGGCUACGACCGGGAGGCUAUUGGUUCAUUGCGGAUGAGAUGAUUUCACCCUUCGAAACCCGUAAAGAACGACAUCUCAAUCUUCUACGCCACCAUCUUGCGUACAUGGUUCCCCUAUGUUUUCCCUGGCCCGCUAGGGAUGUCGAUCCCCGAACACUCCCAGAGCGGGAAUUUGUGGACGAUUUCAAUAACACUGUCCCGCUGGCCAAGUUCUUUGCGGAUACUGGCAGAGUUGACGAGGCGGAAAGUCUCUGUCGUGAAUUACUGUCCCGAGCGGAGCGACAUGGAUUCACAACCAAAGUGUCUGACCCACACCUUGCGUUCUGGCGACUGCAGUGGCUCGAAUUGCAAGCUCUAGUAGCAGGGCUCGAUUAUGAUGUGGAACAAAAAACAUAUCCGCGGCACUUCAUCAAGAUGGCAGAGGGUGCAGGGCUUAAAUGUGUUGCUCAUCAACGAGUCUAUGGCACCGUGGGAUUAACGGAUGACUGUGCUGGAACACAUGUUAUGGCUUUCCGAAAGGCAUGA